AUGACGAAACAUUUUCUUCGAAAAUCUCAAAUAAAUUUUUAUUUUAAUCGUUAUUUACAUGAAAAAUCUCGUUUUGAAAAUGGUCCUAAUUUAGAAUAUUUUCUUAAACAACCAAAAUCAAAUGAUUAUCAGGGUAAUUUAAUAUUAGGUAAAGGUGAACAACGUCUUCGAAUUCCACCAUGGUUAAAAACUGAAAUACCUAUGGGAGAAAAUUUUACAAAAUUAAAAAAUACAAUGUCAAAAUUAAAUUUAAAUACAGUUUGUGUUGAAGCUAAAUGUCCAAAUAUUGGUGAAUGUUGGAAUGGUGGUGAAGAUCGUAUAGCAACAGCUACAAUUAUGUUGCUAGGUGAUGAAUGUACUCGUGGUUGCCGUUUUUGUUCAGUUAAAACUUCUCGUAAACCAUCACCACCUGAUCCAAAUGAACCAGAAAAUACAGCUAAAGCUAUAUGUUCAUGGGAUAUUGAUUAUAUUGUUUUAACAUCUGUUGAUCGUGAUGAUUUAUCAGAUCAAGGUUCAUCACAUAUAGCACAAACAAUAAGUUCAAUAAAACGACAAAAACCAAAUUUACUUAUUGAAUGUUUAACACCAGAUUUUCGUGGUGAUAAAAAAUGUAUUGAAACAAUUGUUAAAUCAAAUUUAGAUGUUUAUGCACAUAAUGUUGAAACUGUAAGAGAAUUACAAUCACAUGUUCGUGAUUAUCGUGCUAAUUUUGAACAAUCAUUAAAUGUUUUAAUUUAUGCAAAAGAACUAAAUCCAAAUUUAAUAACAAAAACUUCUUUAAUGUUAGGUUUAGGUGAAACAAAUGAACAAAUUCGAGAAACAAUGCGUCAAAUACGUACAUAUGCUAAUGUUGAUUGUUUAACAUUAGGACAAUAUAUGCAACCAACAAGGCGACAUUUAAAAGUUAAAGAAUUUAUUCGACCAGAAGUAUUUGAAGAAUUAAAAAAUUAUGGUGAAUCAAUUGGAUUUCUUUAUGUUGCAAGUGGACCACUUGUUAGAUCAUCUUAUCGAGCUGGAGAAUAUUUUAUUAAAAAUAUUCUUAAAACUAAACGUCAAAAAAAAGAAGCAGUUAAUAAUUCAUCAAUUACAUCCACAACUCUAGUUAAAAGACAAGUUAGAAAUAUUAAUGAAAACAAAAUACGUAUUAAUCGAGAAACAUAUACAAUACCUGAACCAUGUCAUGGUUGUCCAGGAGAAAAUGGUGCAAGUGUAUCUUUAUCGGCUGAAGAAUCAAAAGGUUUAGAUGCAAUUAUGAAAAAAGAAUUUUUUAAUUUACAUGCAAGUGAUAAAGUUUCAUUAUGGAGAUCAAUACCUGAUACUCGAGAUCAAUUAUGUAAAUCAGUUGACUAUCCACAUGAUUUACCAAGUGCAUCAGUUAUUAUUAUAUUUAAAAAUGAACGUUGGUCACCAGUACUUCGAACUGUUUAUUCAGUUCUUAAUCGUUCACCAAAACAUUUAUUAAAAGAAGUUAUUUUAGUUGAUGAUCAAUCCGAUAUUGAGGAAAUGGGACAACGUUUAGAUGAUUAUUGUGAAGAACAUUUUGGAGAAUUAGUUAGAAUAUUACGAGCACCAACGAGACUUGGAUUGAUUAAAGCAAAAAAUUAUGGUGCAAGAAAUGCUACCGGUGAUGUUGUGAUUUUUCUUGAUGCUCAUUGUGAAGCAAAUGUUGGAUGGUUAGAACCCCUUUUGCUUCGAAUUAAACAAAAACGUUCAGCAAUUUUAUGUCCAAUGAUUGAUAUGAUUAGUGAACGUGAUAUGCAAUAUGGUGGUACUGGGACUGGAAGUGUCGGUGGUUUUUGGUGGUCAUUACAUUUCAAUUGGAUACCAAUUCCAAAACGAAUACUUGAUGCACAAAAAUCAAAAAUUGAUCCUUAUCCAUCACCAACAAUGGCUGGAGGUCUUUUAGCAGCCGAUAGAAAAUAUUUCUUUGAAGUUGGUGGUUAUGACGAUGAUAUGGAAGUUUGGGGAGGUGAAAAUUUAGAAAUCUCAUUUCGUGUAUGGAUGUGUGGUGGUAGUCUUGAAUUUGUUCCAUGUUCUCGUGUUGGUCAUAUUUUUCGACCAGGUCAUCCAUAUAACAUGACUGGAUUGAAAGGCAAAGGUGAUGUACAUGGUCGUAAUUCGAUGCGUUUAGCUGAAGUUUGGAUGGAUGAUUAUAAACGUUUCUAUUAUAUGCAUAGACGUGAACUUCGAGAUAAAGAUUUUGGUGAUGUUGAAGAUCGUCGUGCUAUUCGUAAACGUUUAAAUUGUCAUUCAUUUAAAUGGUAUCUUGAUAAUGUCUAUCCAGAAAAAUUUAUUUUAGAUGAAAAUGUUCAUGCAUAUGGAGAACUUAGAAAUCCUACUUCAAGUUUAUGUUUAGAUACAUUAGGUAAAGAUGAAAAAGGAUCAAUAAAUCUAGCAGUUUUUUCAUGUCAAAAUGGUGCAUCAGCUAAUCAAUAUCUUACACUUUCAAAAAAAAAUCAAUUACGUCGAGAAGAUACAUGUGCAGUUACUAUGAAUUCAAAUUCAGUUGUUUUAAAUAUGUGUGCUUAUAGUGAUCAAACACAAACAUGGACACAUGAAAAAAAUGGACCAAUUAUUCAUCAUCCGAGUAAUCUUUGUCUUGAUGUCGAAGGUCUUUCAAAUAAUGAACAAAUUAAAUUAAAAAAAUGUGAAACUAAUAAACCAUCACAACAAUGGUUAUUUGAACAUUAUUUAACAUAA